AAAUUAGUCAAAUUUAUCAAACAUGCGAAUUUGUUCAUUUAUAAUUCUAGAUCCUACGUUUUGUCCCUUAUGGAUAAUCCACUGCAUAACCUACAUAAAUUACAGAGCACCCACAGUGUUCCACAAUAAGUUUGCAGCGAAAAAUCUGGGCAUUCAUAGCUUGGAUUAAUUCCAAACUGAGUUCAAAUUCACAGAAUUUUUCAUCCUACAGACCUGUGAUCAGAAGUGGGUAUUGGAACAAUGGCUGCCGCAGUACCUGCUUCCUUUACUGGCUUGAAAAAGACCGAUUUCUUGGACAGUAUCAAUGGCCAAAAGGGUAUUAAGAUGUCCAAUUUGAAGUCCCCAAAGUUAAACAGGGUCAGAAUGAUUAAGGUGAGGAGCUCAACAUCUCCAGACAUUGCAGAGAUGGAGCCUGCUUCAGAAGGAAGCCCUCUUUUGGUUCCAAGGCAGAAGUACUGCGAAUCCAUUUACAAGACAGUGCGCAGGAAAACAAGGACAGUCAUGAUUGGCAAUGUUCCACUAGGCAGUGAACAUCCUAUUAGGGUUCAAACCAUGACUACUACCGACACAAAAGAUGUUGCUGGAACUGUUGAACAGGUUAUGCGAAUAGCUGAUAAGGGAGCAGAUCUUGUUCGAAUCACUGUCCAGGGCAAGAGAGAAGCAGAUUCAUGCUAUGACAUUAAAAACACUCUUGUUCAGAAAGGAUAUGAUAUUCCCCUUAUCGCAGACAUCCAUUUCGCUCCUUCAAUUGCACUGCGAGUUGCAGAAUGUUUUGACAAGAUUCGGGUUAAUCCUGGAAAUUUUGCUGACAGACGUGCGCAAUUUGAGAAGCUAGAAUACACUGAAGAAGACUAUCAGAAGGAGCUUGAACACAUUGAAAAGGUUUUUGUUCCCUUAGUAGAGAAAUGCAAGAAAUAUGGAAGGGCAAUCCGCAUUGGCACUAACCAUGGAAGUCUUUCUGAUCGGAUCAUGAGUUACUAUGGUGAUUCUCCUAGGGGAAUGGUGGAAUCAGCAUUUGAAUUUGCACGCAUUUGUCGGAAGCUGGAUUUCCACAACUUUGUCUUCUCAAUGAAAGCAAGCAACCCUGUAAUCAUGGUCUCGGCAUACCGUUUGCUUAUUGCAGAGAUGAAUGUCCUAGGAUGGGAUUAUCCAUUGCAUUUGGGAGUUACUGAAGCUGGUGAAGGUGAAGAUGGGCGAAUGAAAUCUGCAAUUGGCAUUGGAACACUUUUACAGGAUGGUUUGGGUGAUACAAUUCGGGUUUCCCUUACAGAACCUCCAGAAGAGGAGAUAGAUCCAUGCAGAAGACUUGCAAAUCUUGGGAUGCAAGCUGCCAAGCUGGAGAAAGGAGUGGCUCCUUUUGAGGAGAAGCACCGCCACUACUUUGAUUUCCAACGGAGAACCAGCCAACUUCCCAUACAGAAGGAGGGUGAUGUUGUGGAUUACAGGGGUGUUCUGCAUCGUGAUGGUUCAGUUUUAAUGUCUGUGACCCUUGAUCAGUUGAAGACUCCUGAGAUCUUGUACAAGUCACUUGCAACAAAGCUCAUUGUUGGCAUGCCCUUUAAGGAUCUUGCAACAGUGGACUCAAUCCUGUUGAGGGAGCUACCCCCUGUGGAUGACAGUGAAGCGAGGCUGGCAAUUAAAAGACUUGUAGAUAUAAGUAUGGGAGUUUUGGUACCUUUGUCAGAACAACUUACCAAACCUUUGGCACAUGCCAUAGUUCUUAUAGACUUGAAGGAACUCUCAACUGGUGCCCACAAGCUUCUACCAGAAGGUACACGCUUGGCUGUAACUCUUCGAGGAGAUGAAGCAUAUGAGGACUUGGAUCUUAUCAAGAGUGUAGAUCCUAUAAUGCUUCUCGUAAAUAUUCCCAAUGAAGAGGAGAGGGUGAACCGUGUCCAUGCUUCUCGAAGAUUGUUUGAGUACCUGCAAGAAAAUGCCUUGAACUUCCCUGUUAUUCAUCAUCUACAAUUCCCCGAAGGAACUCACAAGGAUGAUCUAGUCAUCAGUGCAGGCAGUCAGGCUGGUGCUCUUCUUGUUGACGGGCUUGGGGACGGUUUAUUGUUGGAGGCUCCAUGCCAAGACUUUGACUUCCUUCGCAAUACAUCAUUUGGAUUGCUACAAGGUUGCAGGAUGAGGAAUACUAAAACGGAAUAUGUGUCAUGUCCAUCUUGUGGACGCACACUCUUUGAUCUUCAAGAAAUAAGUGCAGAUAUACGGGAGAAGACAUCACAUCUGCCUGGUGUUUCGAUUGCUAUCAUGGGCUGCAUUGUGAAUGGUCCUGGAGAGAUGGCAGAUGCCGACUUUGGAUAUGUUGGUGGUGCACCAGGAAAGAUUGAUCUCUAUGUUGGAAAGGAUGUGGUAAAACGAGGUAUAGCGAUGGAACAUGCAUGUGAUGCCUUAAUUCAACUAAUAAAGGAUAAUGGUCGUUGGGUUGAUCCUCCAGUUGAAGAAUGAUUUGUUGAGUUUUUUAAAUUAAAGCCACUUAGGCAAUGUCUUAGGUAUAUCAACAUGAUUUAUGUUGUAUAGGGCUAAAUUAAAAAGAGCAAGGAACUGUCUCUGUUGGAAAUGAUGAUUAUCUCUAAAAGGUGAGAUCCUCAUUUAAGUGCAACAGAUGGGUGACUAAGGAAGCGCUUGUAAUAUUUUUUUUUAAUUUUGAAAUAAAUGUAGGUUCUCUAAUCGGUGUGUAAGAAUACUUGAGCAAAGUAAGUGAAGCCCCAUGCUGGGCACAAAAUUUGUUA